AUGGUGGAUCAGUUCAAUUCGUUACGAAAGAUAAGUGAUUUGCGAUUCCCUAGUGAAUGGUUUCCUGAUGCUCGUCAAAUGAAGAGACAGGUUAUUUUGCAUGUAGGACCUACCAACAGUGGCAAGACCUAUAGAGCCCUAAAGCGUUUAGAACAAGCUGAAUCAGGCAUUUAUUGUGGUCCUUUGCGUUUAUUGGCCCAUGAAAUCUAUGAAAAAAUGAACGAAAAAGGUGUUCCGUGCAACUUGUUGACAGGUGAAGAAAGAAGAGAAGUAGCACCUUAUGCACCCUUGACAAGUUCGACGGUUGAAAUGGCAAACUUGAACAAACCCAUGGACGUGGCUGUGAUUGAUGAGAUCCAAUUGAUUGGUGAUCCAGAUCGUGGUUGGGCAUGGACGCAGGCACUGUUAGGCUUAAAGGCAAAGGAAAUCCAUUUAUGCGGUGAAGCAUCGGCAGUACCUCUCGUCAAAAAGAUUUGUGAAACAUUGGAUGAUGAAGUCGUCGUCAACGAAUACUCUCGAUUGACGCCGUUUGAAGUGGACAAGACGUCAUUGAAUAAUGACUUGACCAAGAUCAAAAAAGGAGAUUGUGUUGUUGCGUUCUCUAGAAGUGAAAUUUUUGCCUUGAAAGAAAAGAUUGAAAAACUAACAGGUCUUCGUUGUGCUGUGGCCUAUGGCGGUUUGCCACCAGAAACAAGAGCACUUCAAGCCAAAGCAUUUAAUGAUCUCGAAAGCGGCUUUGAUGUUCUAGUAGCUUCUGACGCUGUAGGAAUGGGCCUUAACCUUAACAUUAAGCGCAUUGUGUUCACUACUGUCCGAAAAUUUGAUGGAAAAACAUUUCGCCAUGUCAGCAUUCCCCAAAUAAAGCAAAUUGCAGGACGUGCAGGUAGAUUCGGUACUGCCUACAAUGAAGGUGAAGUCACUACUUUGCAUCCUCGGGACCUUCAGUACAUUAAGGAAUGCGUUAGUGCGCCUAUCAUUCCACUUGAGAUGGCAGGAUUGCAACCCACAGUUGAUAUUUUAGAACUUUUUGCAUUACAAAUGCCCCAAGAAAAGUUUUCAGGAUUACUUCAAAAAUUUGAAGAUUUAGCUUCCUUAAAUGGUGAUUAUUUCCUGUGUAACUAUAGAGAUCAAAAGACGAUUGCCGAAAGAAUUGAACAUAUCAAACUACCUCUUAGAGACAAAUACCAGUUUGUCACUGCGCCUGUUAGUUGUCGAAAUGAGUCUUCCAUGGAAAUGAUUGAACUCUUUGCUAAAAAGUUCAGCGAAAACGAGACCUGUACCUUAGAUGAUGUCAUUCAGUUACCUAAUGUUACUCCCGCAUCAACUGCAGGUUUGGCACAACUAGAAAGUGACCACAAGAACAUUAUGCUUUAUAUGUGGCUAAGGUAA